AUGCGCUCUGAAUUGCAAUUGCUUUAUCCUCCCAUUGUCGGCAACACUCCAGCCGUAGACGUCUUGCAGCCUCGCAACUCCGCCAACGAGGGCGUUGACAUCGUUGCCGUACAUGACCUCAACGAAGAUCUCUAUGAGGCGUGGACGGACAGCCGCACCGGAGUGCUCUGGCUCAAGGACCUGUUGCCACAAGAUGCCCUUGUAGCCCGUGUCUUGACUUUUGGUUAUGAUGGCUGCCCACUAUCUUUUUUCGCACAGCCUCGGGCAGACCCCGUAACAAGCACCGCAAUAAAUCUGGUCAGCUAUCUUCGGGCUAAUCGUGAAGAUGCCCAGUGCGAACGACGGCCGAUCAUAUUUAUCUGCCACGGCUUGGGUGGCCUCGUUGUAAAGAAGGCAUUGAUGUACUCCAAGGAAAAAACGAAAUAUCCUGCCCAUCGCGAUCACAGUAUCUUCGUUUGCACGACAGCAAUCCUUUUCUUUGGCACCCCCCACACCGACAUCAAGCCAGCUGUCUGGUUUCAAUCACGAAAUAUCGCGAAUCUUCCAAGAGAAAAGCACCACAGACAUAUCUCCGCACUACAGAUCAUCAACGAGAGUUUUGUGCGAGUUGGCUCGUCGUUCAGACAACUGUUCUUCUGGGAGGAGAUUGAGACUCAUGUUGGCUACUCCUCCGCCGUCCCUUAUGGGACCGAAGGUAGUGGAUGCGGCAUUCCUACCGACCAUGUAAACAUGGUCAAGUUCACAGCCCUUGAUUCUGCAGGAUACCCUGUCGUCAGAAAUGGUCUUCGACGCUUUUGCCAAGAGGCUCGCGCUCGCGUAGAAAAACGUUGGGCGAAGAGCCAAGUAACUCUACGAGACGAGUGGCGAGACGGGAUCCCUCUGGGAGAUGGUCCGCAGAUGGACAAGAUCCUGGCGAAUCACAUUUCCAGAUUGCGGGAAAUGCCUCCCAGGCGGAUUUUCCUGCUCCCAAAGCACCAUCAUUUGGAUCCUCCCGAGUUUAUCGGCCGGGAGCAGGAGAGGAACAUUCUUGAAAACGCCUUCUUCAACUCAGACUGCCACCAACCGGACGAUACAGCGAAGAUAUUUGUGGUAUAUGGCAUGGGAGGCUCUGGUAAGAGUGAGCUGUGCUCUUGGUUUGCACGACACCAUAAAUCACAGUUCAACGUUGUUGCGACUGUUGAUGCAACUUCCGCUGAACAUAUCGAAGCUUCGUUGGCUGAACUUGGAGAAAAAUGGGGCCUCGAUGCCACCGAGAAGGCAGGACUACACAUACUCGAACAACUUUGUGAACCAUUUUUGCUCAUUGUUGAUAAUGCCGACGAUCCGCAGUUCAAACCCUGGGAUCUGAUUCCCAUGAACCAGUACGCUUGUGUCAUCAUCACUACGAGAAACCUCGCUCUGUGUCAAAUUCCAAAAGCCGGAUCCCUGGAGGUCAAAGGUCUCAAGCCAAACGAAUCCCUACGGCUUCUGCUAACAUGUGCCGGAAUAUCUAAGCCCUGGGAUCAAGCAACACUGAACCUUGGGAAUGAAUUAUGCGAGGUUCUGGGUUACCUCGCUUUGGCGUUGGUAGUUGCCGGCAGAUCCAUUCAGAAAAACUUUUACGGCUCUCAGCUUCAGAGGUAUCUCGAAUUCUACAACUCGAAACGCAGUACCUACCAUUCAUCUCACCAUGGAAGCCAUGGUAUGGAAGUGAUGGUUCGCGACGAAAAGGAAAAAGGGAUCGUGUAUCCUGCAUUCGAAGUCUCCCUUGCCCAUCUCAGGAAGCAAGGUUCGCAAACUUGCCGAGAUGCUAUUGAGAUUCUUAACAUGGCUGCCUUCUACCACCGCCAGCAUAUCAGUCUCGACAUCUUUGCGAAAGCAGCGCAGAAUAGGCACCCUCCUCCUCAAGGCAGCACUUCUAUCGUCAUGAGAAUGCUGCAAUCCUUUCUAGACCGCUUUCAUCCACCACCAGUAGUCCCCGGCUUUUUGAGGUCAGCAUCACCAGAGAAGGAGGUCCACAGAGCACGAGAGGGCAUCUCUGAGUUGGCCUCUCUGUCCCUCAUCAACAUGGACAGCACUACCGCUGAAUUCUCGCUGCACCCACUGGUGCAUGCCUGGGCUCGGGAUCGGCUCGGGCAGGGAGACCAAAAGGUGUGGGCACGGAUUGCGUUCAAUGUGCUUGCAGAGACAAUAAAGCUCCCUACCGGUGGUGAAAACACCCUGGCCAACGAGCAUGCGGAUGAGAAGCACAAUCACGACAACUUCCACCGAAGUCUGCUACCGCAUCUCGAUUCUUGCUUACCUUUGUGCACGAUUGACAUCGCCGAUUAUGAUGAAUUGCUGUCGAGGGCCCAGCUCUACCUUUCGUCGUACCUGUCGCCAACAUACCUCCACAUUCUCAAAGAGCAGGCAGCAAGUAUGGCGAAGCUCGCGUAUGUCUAUGGUGAAUGUGGCAGGUUCGAGGAGUCCCUGCGGUACUUGCAAAAGGUGAAAAGACUGCUGUGUCGGUCAUUGGGGCCCGAUAACUCUCGGACCAUGACUGUCAAGUUAGAGCUCGCAAAGAUAUACUGGAGCCUAGGUCAGCUAGAUGAAGCCAUUGGGCUGCGAAAGGAUGUGGUCAAUGCUCGUGAAAGAAUCUUGGGCCCCAGCAACAAAGAGACGCUUUUAGCUAUGGACGAACUUGGGAGAUCUUACUGGCUAAAUGGUCAGUAUGGAGAAGCACUGGAACAAGCCGAGAAAACGAAGACGCAGAUGGAGCUCACCCUCGGUUCUGAUGAUCGCCGAACUCUGUCAGCCAUGGACAUGUACGGUGUGGUCCUACAAUCGUGGCACAGGUUUAGUGACAGCGCCUCCAUCCACAGGCACGUUCUCCAACUGAGGGAGGAGAAGCUUGGAACAAAUCAUUUGGAGACCCUCGAAUCCAAGAACAACUUGGCCAUGGCGCUCAUGAAUCUGAAAGAACUCGAAGAGGCUCAAGCUCUAAUGGAUGAGGUAUACAACGAACGGAGGGCACAGCUCGGCAAGGAACACCCGUGGACGCUGUGGGCACUCUGCUACCUGGCCAGAAUCAAGGUCAAAACCCGACACCUGGACGGGGCAGAGCAAUUGCUGAUUGGUGGAAUUGAAGCAGCAAAGCGAAGUUUGCCUGAAGAUCACUUGGGAGUCCUCAUGGGAAAAGGGGAGCUCGCCCGUGUGUAUUCUCGGCAAGGCCGUCUUGGCGAGGCUUUCAAUCUUCUUUCACACACGCUUGCUCGACUCGAGGAGACGCGAGGCCCCGAACAUCCUGACAGCUUUUACGCACGAUGGAAACUGUCGAUCCUCUACCAGCGUCAGGACAAGCUUGAUGAAGCUAUUGAGACAUGCCAGAUUGCGUUCCAGAGAGCUGAAAAGAGGCUGUCGAAGGCGCAUCCAUUGGUGAGCAUGAUCGAGGCUGAUCUGGAACAAUUCCGAGCUGCCCGAGAGCCUCAAGAGCAGCCGGACGACAAUAAACCAGCGUUGACCGGCGAGGCCAUCGGUCCGAAAAGGAGAUUUGAAUUCCGGACACAAACACAUACUUGGUGA